AAAAGUUGGAGCUUUCCAAAGUGGACACCAGUGUCCACAACAGAACUGGAAGAGAGGAUUUCUCAUUUUUCCCAUAAGAAGACAGUUCUCUGGGAGCACAUGACUGAGAUGCGAGAGAUCUUGACCUUGGAUCCUGAUUCGGCUCACCCCAGCCUGGUUAUUUCAGCCAACCGGAGGACUGCAAGUCGCAGGGACAUUUGCCCAACUCAUUGCAACACUUCCAAAAGAUUCUACCCUUCUUUUUGUGUCCUGGGCUCUGAAGGUUUCACAGGAGGCCGUCACCAUUGGCUGGUGGAUGUGAAAGGCCAAUGUGGUUGGGCCCUAGGGGUUGCGCAGGAAUCUGUGGAUAGGAAGAAGCCAGUGGUGCUUCAACCAGAAUGUGGGAUUUGGGCUGUGGAGCUUGGCCCCUGCCAACUCUUUCCAGUAACACCAGCCUCCAAAGAAGAGACGGAGAUCUCGACCCGCAGGAUAGUUGUGAGGUUGGACUACGAAGGAGGCCGAUUAACAUUCUCUGAUGCACAGGACUCCAAACCUCUCUUUACUUUCAGGACCUCCUUCACAGAAAAACUUUACCCAUUCUUUUGGCUGUGGUCCCGUCAGGCUUCUAUCACACUCUGUUCCUGAGAGAAAGAGAGGGUGACUAUGUGAAAGGCCAACGCAGUUGGGUCCUAGGUGCAGCUCAAGAAUUUGUGGCAAAGAAGAGAGUGACCUGGAGUUGUUAAAAAUGCAGCUUCCAUCAGCAGUGAUGGGUUAUACCAGUAAGAGUAGGGACCGGUUUUCUGCACCUGGUACAUUCUGUGAAAGGCCAGUCCUGAGUUACAGACAUCCAACUUACAUAUGACUCCUAGUUAAGAACUGAGGUGAGACAACAAGAAGUGAGAGAAAUCUACCCCUAGGAAGGGAAAUUCACCCCUGAAAGAGUUAUCAUGGGGAAAAGGGGUCUCCAUUGAAGUUUUCUUGCCCAUCCUUGUUUCCACAACAAACCAAACAAGCCUUUGU